GCGGUCACGUGAGUGUAGGGUGGAGGCAGUACGUUUGUGUGUGUGUGUGUGUGUGUGUGUGGUGGGGGUAAUUCGACUAUGGGGGCACUCGACACGGGUCUUCCCACCGCCAGUCGAAUGAGGUGGAUUUAGGAAAAAUCCAAAAACCUGGGACGUGGAGAUAAACCACAGCAGCAAACAGAUACGCAUGGAAAUCAUCGCACGGCUCGCAUUUGGGAUCAUAUACUUUUGUUCUAUUGAGGCGAUCUACUUACUGAAAGCGAACGAUAUGAAAACGGAAAACAGACUCGCAAGAAAGCUUUUACCCAAUUGAAAUGUAUGAUUAUUCUCCACCUCGUUAUUUCUUGGAUGCAACAUAAGCUUAUUUUUUUUGCAGGGGAAACGGAAUUUUCAAGUGUCUCUCAUCUGCCCCCCCAUAAACUAACUUCUCGGAGGGGGGCGGUUUGAAUAAAAAGACUCUUCUCACGCCACUAAAAGCCUCGCUGGAGGCAGGAGACACGAGGACUACCCCCCUCUAACUACCCUUCAGCUGACACCUCAAAUUAGGCUGUGGAGUGCCAAGACGUCCUGUGUGAAGACCCCAGCCUCCUUCUUGUGGGGCCUCGGCUCUCCAGCCAGGUCAAAAGUCGCCCCCGGAACAAGAUGGCCGCCGGCGGUCCACCCUGCCUUUCUCUGCCGGCCCUGCUGCCCCUCUGCGCUCUGUUGCUCUGUUUGCUGUUCACUGGCUCCCAUGCCCUAUCGCCACCGAGGUUCACUAAAGUUCCCGUCGACCAGAUCGGUGUAUCCGGGGGCGUGGUCUCCUUCGUGUGCCAGGCGACGGGAGACCCCAAGCCUCGGGUGAGCUGGAACAAGAAGGGGAAGAAGGUCAACUCCCAACGCAUUGAGACUAUAGAGUUCGAUGAGGGCGCCGGAGCCGUGCUUCGGAUCCAGCCUCUACGAGCGCCGCGGGAUGAGAAUAUCUACGAGUGCGUGGCGGAGAACAGCGAGGGCGAGGUCAACGUCAAUGCCAAGCUGUCCAUCAUCAGAGAGGACUUGCUCCCGACAGGAUUCCCCAAUAUAGACAUGGGUCCCCAGCUCAAAGUGGUGGAGCGCACACGGACGGCCACCAUGCUUUGUGCAGCCAGCGGCAACCCCGAUCCAGAAAUCACCUGGUUCAAGGACUUCCUGCCCAUAGACCCCAAUGCAAGUAACGGGCGAAUCAAACAGCUGCGCUCAGAAGCCUUUGAGGGUACCCCCAUCCGAGGUGCCCUUCAGAUUGAGAACAGCGAGGAGACGGACCAGGGGAAGUACGAGUGCGUGGCGUCUAACGUGGAAGGCGUGCGCUACUCAUCCCCUGCUAACCUAUAUGUGCGAGAGCUUCGAGAAGUCCGGCGCGUGCCCCCUCGCUUUUCCAUCCCGCCGACCAGUCACGAGAUCAUGCCAGGUGGCAGUGUGAACAUCACCUGCGUGGCGGUAGGGUCGCCCAUGCCCUACGUCAAAUGGAUGCUCAACUCAGAGGACCUGACGCCGGAGGAUGAGAUGCCGGUGGGCCGGAACGUUCUGGAGCUCAACAGCGUGCGAGAGUCGGCAAACUACACAUGUGUGGCCAUGAGCAGUCUGGGCAUCAUCGAGGCGGUCGCACAGAUCACAGUCAAGUCCCUGCCCAAGCCCCCAGGCAUCCCCAUGGUGACCGAGACCACGGCUACCAGCGUCACCAUCACCUGGGACUCGGGCAACCCGGACCCUGUGUCCUAUUACAUCAUCCAGUACCGCGCCAAGUCUCCUGACAGCAAGUUUGAGACCAUGGACGGCAUCACCACCACGCGAUACAGCAUCGGAGGCCUUUACCCCAACACAGAGUAUGAGAUCCGUGUUUCGGCCUUCAACACGAUCGGCCAGGGCCCCCCCAGUGAGCCGGUGGAGACCCGUACCGGGGAACAAGCCCCGGCCAGUCCGCCCCGCAACAUCCAGGCCCGGAUCAUCUCCCAGAACACCAUGAUGGUCCGCUGGGACGAGCCUGAGGAGCCCAACGGGCAGAUCAAAGGGUACCGGGUGUACUACACCAUGGACCCGUCCCAGCUCAUGAGCCUAUGGCAGAUCCAUAAUGUCCAGGAUAGCAUCAUCACCACCAUCCAGAGCCUGGUGGCGUCUGAGACCUACACCAUCCGUGUCCUGGCCUUUACAUCGGUGGGCGAUGGGCCCUUCUCCGACCCCAUCCACGUCAAAGUGCUGCAAGGAGUCCCCGGACAGCCAACAAAGUUCCAGGUUGGCGCUGUGUCCGACACAAGCAUCGAGUUGACCUGGGAACCUGCCUUUGAGAAGGAGGGAAUCAUCAACUUUGAGCUUCGGUACAAAGAGGGCAGUUUUGGCAGCCAGGUGACCAUAACCUUUGGCCCCACUGCCUCAUACGUCGUUGAGGGUCUGCGAGCAAAUACAGAGUACUACUUCUCUCUGGCCGCCAUUUCCAACAAAGGCAUUGGAGCCUUCACCAACGAAAUAUCCCAGAAAACCUUGCAAGCCAAGCCCUCAGCCCCCCCUCAAGACAUUAAGUGCAGCAGCUCCAGCUCCACCACCCUACUGGUAAGUUGGCGCCCCCCGCCUGUGGAGAGCCAGAAUGGCGCCCUGGCGGGGUACCUAGUGCGCUACCAGGUGGUGGGAGCCUCGGUAGAGGGUGGAGGCGGCGGUGCCGGAGAACCCAUGGAGGAGCCGGCCGUGCCGCCCAGGGUCGGGCAGGUGCUGCUGCAGAAGCUGGAGAAGUGGACCCAGUACCGUGUCACCUUGGCCGCCUUCACCGAAAUCGGGCCGGGCCCAGAGAGCGAACCCCUGCUCUGCCGCACCGACGAGGAUGUUCCAGGGGCUCCUCCUCGGCGGGUCGAGGUGGAGGUGCUCAACUCCACGGCGCUCAAGGUCAUGUGGCGCUCCCUGUUGCCGGGGCGACAGCACGGCCAGAUCCGUGGUUACCAGGUGCACUAUGUGCGCGUGGAGAACGGAGAGUCGCGCGGUCUGCCUCUGAUCAAGGACGUCAUGCUAGCCGACGCCCAGUGGGAAACGGACGAUACAGCCGAAUACGAAAUGGUCAUCGGAGGGCUCCAGCCGGACACCACCUACUCCAUCACAGUAGCUGCGUACACCACCAAGGGAGAUGGAGCACGCAGCAAACCCAAACUGGUGGUUACCAAAGGAGCAGUGCCUGGGCCGCCCUAUCUGUCAGUGGCUCACGAUUCGGAGACGUCGGCCGUGGUGCGCUGGGAUGCACCCGACGUUAUGAUCCCUGGCAUGGAGCUGCAGGGUUACAGGCUUCAGUUUGGCCGUAAGGACGUGUCCCCCCUGGCUACUCUGGAGUUCACCCCCCAGGAGAGGCAGUACACAGUGGCCAGCGUCCACCGUGGUGCCACCUACCUCUUCAAAGUCCAGGCUAAGAGCCGAGGGGGCUUCGGGGAGGAGGCUACGGCCGAACUGCAUGUGCCUGAACAAACACCCCAAGGGUACCCCCAAAUCAGCGAGAGCUCCAACGUGACCUGCUGCUCGGUAGAAUUGGCAUGGUCUCCCCCGGUGCUGGCAGAGCGCAACGGGGACAUCACGGAGUACACACUGGCGUACCAGGAGACGGGCGUGGGGGGCGCACCCCGGGAACUCAGCCUGCCCGCCAUCCAGUCCAGCUACGUGCUCAACAGCCUAAAACCCAACUCGGCGUACGACGUGAAAAUACGCGCGCACACGAGUGUAGGUCCAGGGCCCUACAGCCCGCCGAUCCAGUAUCGGACUGUGGCGUUUGAGACAGAUGUCCCGAAGAACUUCACAGUGAAGUGGGUCACCAAGACAACGGUGUUGCUAACGUGGAAGUUUGCUGAGAGACGGUUCCCAUUCCGGUGCACGAUUGAGUACAACCGCCAGAAGAUGGACGUGGACGCCCGGCUGACCAAGGCGCUGGUCACCAGCCUGCGGCCCAACACCACCUAUGAGUUCCGGGUCACGUGUCAGGAGAACACGGAGGGUGGACCUCGCCACCGUGUGGUCGCUAGGACUGCACCGCCCAUCCUGGUCAAGAAGCCCAAGCUGGACCUCUACUCGGAGCCGGACAACAUUCUGACCAUGGGCUUCACCCCGGUGGAAAGCAAGGACAUCAAGAAUUUCUAUGUGGUGGUGGUACCACUAAAGAAGGGCUCGGGAACAGCCCGACAUCACAAGAACCCAGACGAGAUGGACUUGGAAGAGCUGCUGAGGGACAUCACCCCGAAACGUCGCACCAGGCGCCAGCUGAGCCAGGCGGACGGCAAGAAGCCUUACAUCACAGCCUGCUUCAAGCAGCUCCCCACCUCGUUCACCCUGGGCACAGAGCACCGCCACAGCAGCUGUGAGAACAAACCUCUGGAGCCCGGGCAGGAGUACGUCUUCUUCCUGCUGGCCGAGCUCAACACCACGACUGGGAAAAUGUUUGCGGCCAGCCCAUACACGGAUCCAGUGGUGACCCCAGAGAUGGAAGUGGAUCCUCUGCCCAUCGAGACGGGUGGAGAUGGCCUCAUCUGGGUGGUGGGGCCCGUGCUGGCCGUGGUCUUCAUCAUCUGCAUCGUCAUCGCCAUCCUCCUCUACAAGAACAGCAAACCUGACAGCCGUAAACGAAAGGAGUCAGAGCCCAGAACAAAAUGUCUGCUGAACAAUGCAGAGAUCACACCCCACCAUCCCACAGACCCCGUGGAAAUGAGACGCAUCAACUUCCAAACCCCAGAUUCUGGUCUGAGCAGUCCUCUAAGUGAUGCCGAUUUUGACUAUGAAAGUAUGAUGAAUCAUCCACCCAUCCCUAUCGCGGAGCUGGCUGAACACACAGAGCUUCUCAAAGCCAACGACAACCUGAAGCUCUCCCAGGAGUAUGAGUCCAUCGAUCCGGGCCAGCAGUUCACAUGGGAACACUCCAACCUGGAGGUGAACAAGCCCAAAAACCGCUACGCCAAUGUCAUCGCCUACGACCACUCCCGUGUCAUCCUCGCACCCAUCGAAGGUAUCAUAGGCAGCGACUAUAUCAACGCCAACUACAUAGACGGUUACAGGAAGCAGAAUGCCUACAUCGCAACGCAGGGUCCUUUGCCCGAGACGUUCGGAGAUUUCUGGAGGAUGGUGUGGGAACAGAGGGCAGCCACUGUGGUCAUGAUGACCAGACUGGAAGAGAAAUCACGGAUCAAGUGUGACCAGUACUGGCCCAGUCGAGGAACAGAGACCUAUGGGAUGACCCAGGUGACUCUACUGGACACUAUAGAGCUGGCCACCUUCUGCGUCCGCACCUUCUCCCUGCACAAGGUACGAAAUGGUUCCAGUGAGAAGCGCGAGGUACGUCAGUUCCAGUUCACGGCGUGGCCCGACCACGGGGUCCCCGAGUACCCCACCCCCUUCCUGGCCUUCCUACGCAGAGUCAAGACCUGUAACCCCCCUGAUGCAGGCCCCAUCAUCGCCCACUGCAGUGCGGGCGUUGGACGGACGGGUUGCUUCAUCGUGAUCGACGCCAUGCUGGAGCGCAUCAAGCAUGAGAAGACGGUGGACAUCUACGGCCACGUGACGCUAAUGCGCUCGCAGCGGAACUACAUGGUGCAGACGGAGGACCAGUACAGCUUCAUCCACGAUGCACUGCUGGAGGCGGUGGCGUGCGGCAACACGGAGGUGGCGGCCAGGAGCCUGUACUCGUACAUCCAGAAGCUGGCCCAGGUGGAGACGGGCGAGCACGUCACCGGCAUGGAGCUGGAGUUUAAGCGCCUGGCCAAUUCCAAGGCCCACACGUCCCGAUUCAUCAGUGCCAACCUGCCCUGCAACAAGUUCAAGAACCGUCUGGUGAACAUCAUGCCCUACGAGACCACCCGCGUCUGCCUGCAGCCCAUCAGGGGCCUCGAGGGCUCCGACUACAUCAACGCCAGCUUCAUCGACGGAUACAGGCAACAGAAGGCUUACAUCGCCACGCAGGGCCCGUUGGCAGAGACCACAGAAGACUUUUGGAGGAUGCUGUGGGAGAACAACUCUACCAUCGUAGUCAUGCUCACCAAACUCCGAGAGAUGGGCAGGGAAAAAUGUCAUCAGUACUGGCCCGCUGAGCGUUCGGCCAGGUACCAGUACUUUGUGGUGGACCCCAUGGCUGAGUACAACAUGCCCCAGUACAUCCUCCGAGAGUUCAAAGUCACCGACGCCAGGGACGGGCAGUCCAGGACAGUGCGGCAGUUCCAGUUCACUGAUUGGCCGGAGCAGGGAGUGCCCAAGUCAGGGGAGGGCUUCAUAGACUUCAUAGGCCAGGUGCACAAAACGAAGGAGCAGUUCGGCCAGGACGGACCCAUCUCUGUCCACUGCAGUGCGGGAGUUGGCCGGACCGGUGUUUUCAUCACUCUCAGCAUCGUACUAGAGAGGAUGCGCUACGAAGGCGUGGUGGACAUCUUCCAAACGGUCAAGAUGCUGCGGACACAGAGGCCGGCAAUGGUGCAGACAGAGGAUGAAUAUCAGUUUUCCUACCAGGCGGGUCUGGAGUACCUAGGAAGCUUUGAUCACUAUGCAACGUAAAAAGCCAUCUCGUCCCCCGAACCGUUUUCCCCUCAACAGUCUCCUGAGCCAUAGAAACUUGCUUGAAAUUUGAAAUGACAACAAAAACAACAACAACAAACAGAAAACAAAAUUCAACCAACAGGAAAGCGAAAUAAUUGUAGAUUUUUGUUGUUGUAAAGAAAUCCAUUUAAAACACAAACAAUAGUGCAAUUCCAAUUGGACCUAAUGGACUUUGAUGCCGGUGAGGAAAGUGUAAACGAUUCCGUCAGCAAAACCAACUGAUGCCCCUCGCUCGGGAGAAAGGAACCAGAAGUGGUGGCUCAAGCUGUGGGGUGGGAAUAAUCAAAAGUGUCAGACUGCUAACCUUACCUCAAGUGUUCAGAUGUGGCGGUUGACAUUGUAAACAUUUUGUGGACAUCUAUUAAAAAAAUAACUACGUACAAACAAUACAAAGAUAACAGUGAAUGAAGGAAAAGUGACUAGGUGAACGCGACUGAGGUAAAAAAAAAAGCUAAAGAAUUGAGAAACUGAGAAAAGGGUGGACUGGAUGUAGCUUGGAUGAGGGAAGCAGUCUUAUUUUUUAACAUGUUAGGGCAGAGGUUCAGAGUUUCUAAUUGUUUAUUAACACUUUUGAUGGCCUAACUGUGGUUGCCUGUGUACACAGAUGAUUGUCCCCCAAAACGUCGGACACCGAUGAUGAGACUAACACACUGAGUUAUAACGCUAAGCUACUGGCAAGAGAAGUCAACCCCCAUUCGGUACCCCCUACCACUCUCAUCUCUUUCUAGCAAGAGAACUUCGACUGCCCAUAGUUCUGGUAUGACCUUUCAAACUCGCAACUCUUCAAGUCUCCAUCAUACCCACAAAGGGCAUCCCUAUAUCCCUUCAACUCUUUGGGAUAAGAGGAGCCUCUGCAGUAAAGAAUAGUCUGGGUGAAAGUGAGGACGGUGUCUUAAAGUGACUACCAUAGGUGGAUUUUGUCAAACGCCAAUAUCAAUUUACUGUGUCAGUUUCUCCAGCACUUGACUUGUGGACCGUUUUUUUUGGUGCUGUUGAGAACAAACCCCACAUGUUUAUACAGUAACCACUGAUAUAUCUCUCUUAGCCUCAGUCACCAAGGACACUGGGUAAAUGACUGCUCUUGCAAGACCAGAGAAAUGACAACCAUGUCCCAUGACUUUUUACGAUCACUCUUCGUUCAGGACUAGUUGUGCCAUGAGUUACUGGUGCAGCGUCCACCAUUUUGAAUGGUGAGCUCAGGCAGCCUUUAGGCUACAACGAGUGAAAUCACCACAUGAGGUCGGGAAUGAAUGGUGAAUGGCGGCAACUGGGCUCUCCGCAAACGUGUACAGUGACCAACAACCCAUUGUAAUCAUGUGUUACUUUGUCUUACAAUUACUUGUAUUUCUGGGGUUUUCUGUCGAUACCAAACAUGCUGCUUAUUCUCCUGUAUGCUGUAAGUGUGACUCUAUGGUAUGGGAUGACAACGGAGGUGCCUGGUCUGGUCGUGGCAGUUCUCACCCAGGCGGCUGCGACUGAAAGCGCAUCCACAUGUUGUUGUCCCCCCCCUCCAUCUCUCACUAGACAUUUUAGUCCCAAGCUUAGCGAGAAACUAGUCCUCUUGCAGUUAUGGUACUAAGAGUGGAAGGAAAGUAGUUAAAAGUUGUGAGGAACUGAGUUGAUAACCCAGAGAAAGGUUCCAGUCUUUUCCCUUCCACCUAUAGGCCAAAGGCCACUGAAGUUGACUGCGGAAGAGGUGGCCAUGUUGGAUUGGGAUGUCGUGAUGUGAAAGUUAUAGCCACGAUACAAAUAAAUUGCACAUCACCAAACUUGAAACCUAAACGAUAGCAGGGCCGAUUCUACGCACUAUGUACAUGUGUCUGAUUAAAAACAAGCCCUCAAAGCCCCCAAUUUCAUUUUUUUAUCAGAGGUCAGUGCUUUGGUAUACCCAGGAGUAUACUUUUACAUUGGCUUCUGUGAAGGGUUUUCGAUUGGUAUGUACACUAACAGAGUGAUGAAAGGAACUGUGUGUAGUCUUUCUGAUUUCCAAAAAAGCCUUAUUGUUAUUGUAACAUUAUGGAAACAUUAAUGUUGUAUUAUGAUGACUCUUGUUAUUUUACUUUACAUAGCUGACUUUUAUUUUAGUUUUUGUUUAGUUUUUUUAACAGAGAUAUUGUAUCACAUUUUUUAAUUAGCAGUAAGAAAUAAAUGCUUAUUUGUUCAUAUUAUGUUAAAAUACAUUCUAUUUUUUCACUGUAGAAAUGUUAAGUAUAACAUGUGUUUGUGUGGAUGUGUACAUAUAUACUUAUAUAUCGCACAUUCACACAUACAUAUAUAUUUAAAUACAGAAUAUAAAAAUAUACCCAAACUCUUUAGUAUGAAUUUAGUUGUUUUUCUUUUACCCAUAAACUUUCAAUUACUCAUGUAAAAUUAUGAUGGAUUUUUGUAUAUAUAUAUUUUUUUGUAACCAUAACCUUAACCUUGGGAAAUAUUGUUUGUUUCUCUGGGAACAAUGAGGGGAGGUGUCUAGCCGAGCGCCGCUCCUACAACCCUUUUUAAUUCCCACCACUCGGUAGACCUGUACCGAUAAGGAGAUGGCAUUUUUAAUUGUCGUUGAAAUGAUUAUUAUCAUUAACAGUAGUUAUUAGUAUUCGUUUGAGUAUUAUUUUCAUAGAUAGUAGAUUAAAUAGUAUACAAAGCAUUCAAUUAGAGGCAAACCACAUUAUUACACAUUUGUAUGAAUUUGCCAGACUAAAGGUACUUUUUGACCGUGUACAGACUAGGAUCUCCCUCUUUCUCAGAAGUCCCUUUUCUCCCUCCUUUUUAUUUGGUCUUUCUUUUCAGACACAACAUGAUUAUCCCUUUGUUAGAUAUCAACUAUGAUCCAGAAUAUAAUACCUGUAAAUAAACAAAUAUAUAGAUUAUAUGUAUUUGUAUAAUUUGACCCACAAUGCUAUCUUACUUCAAAUCAAAGACUGAACUGCAAAUAUAAGGUUCUACUCAUUGCAAAGUUCCUGGUGUUUGUAAAGCGUGCUUUCUCCCUUUGUAACAUUUGUAUUCCACUGUUCUCUGUUCUUAAGUCCCCAGUUUCUUUGUGAUAUAUGCCAUGUUAGCAAUAUCCCCUACUAGCCACCCACAGCUAACUCUGUUAUGAGACAGGUCAGUGAGGACCCCAUAACAUUUGCCUCAGCACAGGCUUCUUGCAAAGUGAACACUGCUUCCUUCUCCAGACAUUGGAAAUGAUGGCAACCAAAGGACUAUUCCUUUCCUAAACAAAAGCUCCCAAAAAAGGAGAAGUGCUAGUUUUCCCAACUGCCUAAAAAGCCAAGAAGUAGACAGUCCAUUGGCAGUCAAAGGGAGAAAGAGGAGAUAGUUUUGCUAUUUAGCAACUGGCCAUAGUGCGAUGUCACAGCCAUUAGGGGCAGAGAAUUACACUACCACUGCCCCUGAUUCAUGAAAUGAUGUAAUAUGUUUUGCUCACGUAAGACUUGUAUAGAACCAUACUGUGUUCCUUUUUUUGUUGUUGCCAUGUUUUGUUACGGGAUGCAGAAUGAAUCAGGACUAAAUGAGAAGGAGCCGUGUGAUGCAAAGACCAGGAGAAAAGAACAGUGGGAAUCUAACCAUUUCAUAUGAACUAAAUCUUGAAAUGAGGACUUUUUGGGACUGAAUUCAAAGACUGGUUAAGGGCCCAUGCCAAAAACCAAGACCGUGGACGUCUUUGGAAGCUUGUGUGACGUGUUACUCUUUGACUUCAUGUAAAGAUGCCAGACUUUUGACAACAGCAGCCAAAUUACUGGAAUAUUCCACAGAGGGGGGAAAUUAACGAAAUAGAAAAAUUACUACAAAAUAAUAGAACAUAUACAUACAACAGCCAACAAAAAGAUAAAGGACCCAAACUCAAGCAAAAUAGUUUUUCUUUUUAUGAGGGCCAAGUGCUAUCGCUUUCAAACUGUUACUUCUAACUGAAACAAUGAUUGGUUUAAAACCCACUGUGUAUGUAGAUAUGUUGACUUUGUAUUAAAGAAAUGUUGUCUGAAA